GGCACCUUGCUCUCUUCUCUGCGCUUCGUCCGACUCGACAUGGGCUUUGGCGGGCUGCUGCUGUGUGUUUUGCUCGUGGCUGCACGAGGCCAGCCCGAGUGCCGCCUGAGUGAGUCAUCGCCUUGCACGUUGGCGGAGCUGCCCAAAGAUGUCAGCACGUUGAUCCUGCCAGGAGGCAACACCCGCUGCAUCUUCAGCGACUCGCCGAAGUAUGGCUUUCAGGUGGUCCCCGGAGUAGCAGACAAGCUGCUUCUCUUCUUCCAGGGGGGUGGGGCGUGCUUUAACGACGCCAGCACCCAGACUGCCACUCCUUGCCUCACGCGGGUAGUGCAGCAGCCCUUGGUGGGCGUCUUCGAUCGGGAAAGCUUAACGAAUCCAUUUCGGGACUACACCGUUGUUCAUAUCAAUUAUUGCAGUGGCGAUUUGCAUGUGGGCAAUGUGGCUCGAUGGUAUUUGGACAAAGCUGGCCAAAGGGUUGAGCAGCGGGGCUACGCUAACGCGCUCUCUGCCUUGAAGUGGACAAGGAGCCACCUGGGCCGCCUGAGUGCCCUGGUGGUGGCGGGUUCCUCCACCGGCGCCUUGGGUGCGCAACUCUGGGCACCCGCGCUUCUGCGCAGCCUCAGCUUCGAUGCAGCAUCUUUGCUCAUUGACUCAGACCUGGGCAUUUUCCCCCGUCAUGCCGAAGGCCCACUUUUGACAGGCUUUGGCGCCUGCGAGACGGGGCUCUUUUCGUCGAUGCCCCGCCUCCAGCAGCGCUGCACGGCACGGGAGCUGAGCAUCGAGGAGGUCUUCGAGGACGUGGCUACCAGCUUCCCGAGGGUCACCAUGGCUGCCAUCACCAGCACCGGCGACAAGAUGCAGGUGCGCUUCUACAAUGCGGUCUGCAUGGCCAACAUGCUCCCGGAGCGACUGACGGCGGAAGGCUUUCAUGCAAGACUGCUCGAGCGGCUGGAGGCAUACAACCGCCACCCAAACUUUGUCACCUUUCUGAUCUCCGGAGAGUCCAACUACUUCUUGCCGCUGAAGGCAUACUUCAGCACGGAGGUUGAGGGCAUUCCGUUGCCGCGGUGGCUGGAUGACCUGCCAGAGGGACCUGGCCAAAGCAUCUCCAGCCGCUGCCACGGCAGCUGCUGGAAGUUGGCCAAGACCUGGUCGCUGUCGCGGCCGCCGAUUUCGGCAAGCGAGGACCUGCCCACUGAUGUUGCCCCCCAUGGCGAAGACGAUCCUUUGAUCAAGAUUGCCGCCCCUGCUCCAUCACUGCCUUGGUGGUCGAACUCCUACUAUGCCGCGCUGGUCCUGACAUCUUUGCUUCUUUGCGCAGGCGCAGCGCGCGAGCGUCGGAAGCCUGCGGUGACCAGCUUUGCCAGCCGAGUGCUGAGCCAGGAGUCCGAUUCCGAGUGAGGAGUUGUUCUCCGCAUUGGAAGCUGCCAGGUGCAGAAAGUGGGCGCAGAGCGCGACCAAUGUCUUCCUGCGGAAGGGUGGAAAAAUGAUUGCGUCUGGAGCCACACUUCCCUGUGGAAAUG